AUGUCAUUUGAUCAAGGGAAAGCUCCGGUUACGGUGUUAUUAGGAGCACAGUGGGGAGAUGAAGGUAAAGGAAAGAUUAUCGAUUAUUUGAUUGCAAAAGACAAGGUUCAAGUGGUUGCUCGUUGUCAAGGAGGUAACAAUGCAGGUCACACUGUUGUCGCAAAUGGACAGAAGUAUGAUUUCCACAUUAUACCUUCGGGAGUCAUUGCUGAGAAAUGUUUUAACAUAAUCGGUAAUGGUACAGUAGUAAAUUUGGAUUCAUUUUUCCAAGAACUGAGUCAUAAUAAAAUAACUAGUAUACCCGGAUGGGAAGACCGAAUAUUAAUUAGUGAUAGAGCACAUAUUGUGUGCGGUGUUCACAUGCUUGUGGAUGGUCACUCUGAAGAAAAACUGGAAAUAAACAAAAUUGGCACUACGAAAAGAGGUAUUGGACCAGCAUAUUCCAGCAAAUGUUUUAGGAAUGGUCUUCGAGUUGGGGAUUUAGUUUACGAUUUUGAAGGAUUCUGUUUAAAAUUUCAAGAACUUGUUCGGUAUUAUCAGGAACAGUAUCCUGGUAUAGAGAUUGACGUUGAUACUGAGUUGACAAAAUUUAAGAAACACGCGGAUAAAUUACAUGAAAUGUCGUUGGUUGGUGACACAAUAAGAAUUCUAGAUGAAUUAAGAAGUAGUGGUAAAUCUGUGCUUGUGGAAGGUGCUAAUGGUACAAUGCUUGACAUCGAUUUCGGAACUUAUCCAUUCGUAACGUCAUCAAACGCAACAGUUGGAGGUGCUUUAACUGGUUUGGGACUUCCACCAACAUCAAUUAAAAGAGUGAUUGGGGUGGCUAAAGCGUAUGCGACUCGAGUUGGCUCGGGUCCAUUCCCAACAGAAUUGAAAAACGAGAUAGGGGAUAAAUUGCAGCAGCUUGGACACGAAUUAUUAUAUGAAAGUGUUAAUAACAUUGAGGUCGGUGUCACAACGGGUCGUAAAAGACGGUGUGGUUGGAUUGAUUUAUUUCUUUUGAAACGAUCACAUCUAAUUAAUGGAUUCACGGACAUUGCUUUAACUAAAUUAGAUGUUUUGGAUACCUUUGAUGAGAUCAAGGCAGCUGUAUCAUAUAAGUUGGAUGGUAAACUAUUGAAGUCGCCUCCAUCUCAAGCUGCUGACUGGGAUAGAUUAGAGGUAGACUAUCAGUCAUUUAAAGGUUGGAACACAUCAGUAUCAGACAUUCGAGACUACAAUAGAUUACCGGAAAAUUGCCGAAAAUUUAUAGAAUUCAUCGAGCAGUACAUUAGGGUGCCAGUAACAUGGAUUGGUGUUGGCGAAGAACGAGAAUCUUUAAUUCUCCGUUAA